AUGGUUUAUGGCAUUCAAAAUCCCUUUACUGGUCAAUUUUGCAAACCGCCAACAGGAUCCCAUUGGCGGUUUGCAAAAUCACGAAUGAAAGGAUUUUUAGAGGGAUGGGGUUCGGAGUAUGAGGAAACAGAUAUUAAAGACGGAAAAUCACCAGCAUUAUUGAUUAAAGGUUUCUCAAUUACUAAUCUUGAAAAUCCACUCCAAGACCCAGCAAUUCAAAAGUCGUCCAAAAAAGCCUAUGAGAUUCUAGAAAAAGGUCCUUGGCCUAAAAUAAUAUUUUCUCAUGGAGGCAAGGGCAAGCCGCAACAAAAAAGAUAUUUAUCCGACAUGAAAGAAGGACAUAUCCCAAUAACUUACUGGGGAAAAGACAGCGAAAUAAGCCAAUCGGUAGGCCGAGGACACGGGUUUGAAACUGCUAAACCCCUUAAACUUUUCCAAAAAAUUAUCCAGUUAUGGUGUCCGCCAAAUGGCUUAGUUUUUGACCCCUUUGGCGGUAGUGGAACCACCGGCCAUGCUGUUUUACAACUAAAUAAGGAAACCGGAGCCAAUAGAACCGACCAAAAAGAACAUGAGCCACUAGGAGGAGGGUUUAAAUUUACUGCCCUGGAUAAGCAAAUUAAUACUCAAGCCAUUUUACAAAUGGAGCGAGCCGAAUUAAUUGACACUAUUAUCGCUAGUCGAAUUGAUAAAUAUCAACAAAAAUAUCAAGGUUUACAAUUAUUAAAAAAUGAAAAUUGUCGUUAUCUAAUUGCUAAAAACAGCCAGCAGGAAGGAUUUUUCCUGAUUUGGGAUGGACCGAAUAAAAAUGUUAAUUUCACCAAAGAAGUUUAUCAGGAAGUAGUUCAAGAAGCCCAAAAACAUAAUUUAAAAACUCCUUAUCAUGUUUAUGCUCGCCUAUAUUUAUGCCAAGUGGAUACCAAAUUACAGCAAGAAGUUGGAAAGGGAAAAAUUAGUAAAUUUGUUAAAGAGACGGUAGAGGAAAAACUAAAUGAAAAUGAGGAUAAGUUAGUUCAGGAAUACCGCGAAUAUAGUAAAGGACGAGAAUUAAAAGAAAUCCACCUUUGCUUAGUUAUUUCAAAUGACAGACAAAACAGCGCUAGCCCUUUAAUAACUACUAUCCCCAUUACUUCUUUAAAAGAAGGUGACAAGGUGUUUUCUUUUCAAGUUUUUAUUAAACUCAAAAAGGACAGCGUGAUAUUAGUCGACCAAAUUCAGACUAUUGACCGCGAUAAGUUUAAGGAUAAAAUUACCGAAGCACAGGAAAAAUUAUUGGAGGAAUUUCAAGAAAAAGCCGCUUUAAAGAUAGUUGAGAAAUACGAAAAUUAUCUCCGCCAGCCUAUUAUUAUCAAAAAAGGAGAAGAGGAAACUCCGGUUCCUUUUAUUCAAAUUCUUGACGCUUUAACUGGCUCGGGAAAAACGUGCCAAGUGAUUAUGUUAGCCGAAUUUCAAGCAAAUUGCUUACUAGAAAAUGAACCAUUAGUCCUUUUUGCUACGGUGGGAACUUUUAAUCAAAAAGACAAAGAAGCCGGUAAUCGCCAAAUCUAUCAGUGUAAAUUAGACGAACAAAAUCAAAGCACUUGGGAAAGUUUAAAAAAUCGCGGUCAGCGGUCAAUUUUUAUUGUUUAUGAUGAGGGUCAUAAUUUAUCCGACCAACAAACUGAUUUAUUAUUGGAAUUGAAACCAGAAGUAUUUUUAAUGGCGAGUGCUACCAUAAAAUUUCCUCAAAAGUUAGCCGAACAAUUUAAUGAACUAAAAAAAGAAAGCGUGCCAACUAACGAAGUGGUAGAAGCCGGCUUAGUGAAAAAAGUAAUUCAGUUAGCCAGUUAUGAAAACCCUCGGGAAGAAACAAUUUCCUCAUUAAUAGAAGAUUUAAAAAAAAUUGAAAAACAACUCCACAAUAAUUUGCCGAACCAAAGACCCAAAGCCAUUUAUGUUUGCCGCACUAAUGUUUUAGAAUUUGACCCUUCUUUGCAAGAUAAUAUUCAGCAAAAUUUUACGGAAAGAAAAGCCCCACCGAUUUUAAUUUGA